AUGAUGUUGGGCAAGCACAACCUGCCUUUCAUGAGCCCGUGCUGGCCGGGCCCGAUCCCCUGGAUGUCAUGCACGUGCCGUGUGAUGUGUACGGAGAUGAUUUGCUCCGUAACUUUCCCUGGUACCGAGGUCAGGGAAGAGACAGGAGAGAGGAGAGUGGAGGAGUGCAGUGAUGCGGCUGUGCUUGUGACAGCAGCAGACGCGUCACAGCGGGGGGGCGGGGCGUUGUCAGGAGGCUGUCAGAGUAGAGGCAGCGCUGCGGCACUUUGGCCUAGGCCUUCGAUAGCGCAACGUACGCUGGCCGCUGGCGACAGCGACCAGCAAAGUUCCAGCAGCGAGGAGGAGGAGGAGGAGGAGGAGGAGGAGGACGAGGAAGAGGAAGAGGAAGAGGACAGUGACUUGGACGAGACACGCGACGUAGGCAGAGUUUGGGCCGACAGCACCCAGUGGCCAGCGCCACACGCGGCCGGCAAGUGCCAGCUGGUGGAGGAGCUGGUGGACGACCUUCUUCGUGCCUGCCGAGGAAAAACGUGCCACAGCUUCGUGCCCCGGCUGCAGCCGGCCAUCGGGGUGGCCUGCGUCUGUGAAGGAUGGAGUGCCCAGGAAGACAACGUCAUCUACCGCCUGCUCGUGCCCAUGAGAGCUCCCCCUGGGCACGCCUUCCGUGUGGAGCUGGGCAACCCAAAGGGGGCAUCAAAAAGGAAGUCCUGUCUGCGUGUGGAGCUGGAGUGCAUGUGUGCGAGGGAGCGGCUGCUGGGGGACAUGCUCUGCUUUCUCCACCACACUCGGAGGGAGCUGAGAGAAAACCAGGAAGCCAGCCUCCUCAACACCUUGUGCAGGGCCUCCUACCUGGACGUGCAGAAAACCACGCGCUGGUUCCAGCAGCGGGUGAAAGCAGCCUGGAAAUGUCUGCCUCAGUCGCGUGACUGGGGCCUGGAGCUGGUGCCCUCCGACCACUCCUGCAAGAUCAAGCUGACCCCCCCCUCCAAGAGCACCUUCACCAUCGAGAUGACUCUUGGGGUGCAGCUUGAUGAAUCGGGCACGUUCCUGAGCUUUGACUAGGCUCAGACUAUGCUUCCGUCUUCUUCUCUGUUUCUGUCUUUCCAAGUAUGUCCUUCUCUCUCUUAAAUAAAACUAAUAGUAGUAUUAACCAUACCAGCGCUCCUCUCGUUCUUCCCGCUGAGCACCGAUGCUGAGCACGUAGGGAUGUGCUGUGAGAAGAGAGGAGCACACAAAAGCGUGGCACUGACCUGUACCAUGCAGGACUUAAGCUCUUCUGCCUACGCAGGUAAACCCACUAUGAGGGGACCUGCUGAAAACUCAAUUAUCCCAGUUCCUGCAUCAUCACAGAGCAUCGCCGUGUCUUAUUCAAGCCGCCGGACCUUCCUCUGUGCUUGGCGUAAGGCAGAUGGCUGUGUCAGCAUCAGGGAAGGGAGAUCUGGUACCUCAGCAAGCAGGGAGAAAAUAUGAUCAAACAGCUUGUGGGUUGAGACAGGGACAGGGACAUCUCUCACCAGCUACCAUCCCAGCUUUUGGAAGACAAAGUCAAUUUAUUGCCAGUUAAUGACAGGGUUGAACAGUGAAAACAAAGCAAAUCU